AUGGCCGACGGCCGAGAAGAGGACCUGCUGGACCUGCUGCAGGCGAUGCAGGCGCAGCAGACGGCCCUCGCCACCAACACGAAACAGCUGCUGGAGCGGUGUCGAGCCGAACAUGCCGGCAGCGCUGGCCGCAAUGCCGAUGUUGACGCCGCAGCAACGGAGAAGACGGCCGGCCCUUCGGAGGAUGUCGCCAUGGGCGGCAUGGCUGACGCCACAGAGAACAGAAGACAGCCAGGACCAGGAAGCGAGGACGAGAAGCAGAGCCGGCCGCAACCACCGCCACAGCGGCUGCCGUCUCUCUGUCGGGGCUGCUACGACGUCUUGCUGACGCUGGUGCACGAUGCCUACGCCACGCCCUCCCACACGCAGUGGUAUGCCGCCGACAAGGACGCCUUUGCGGCUGAGCUGGACCGCCGCCUCGACGACGUCCGCCACCUGCGCGACGGCGCCACCCUUGCACGCGUGGAGGACUGGAUCGACAGCCAGCGACACGCCUGGCUGCGACGCCGUCUGCGCGACGCCGUCGGCAUCCGCGCCCUCGACGAGGCUGUCGAUGGCAGCAGCAGCAGCAGCAACAAGACCAGGCUGCAGCUGCAGACACGGCUUGCCAGCCCGGCGACCGAUCUCAGCCAGCUGCUCCGUGAGCUUCUGGACAGACGAAACGGCCGCAAGACCGACGACGUGGCCGCCUUUGUCGACCUCGACACCGCCCUCGGAAGCGCCCGGAAAGAGGCCGAGACGGCCAUACGGAAACUCCAGCUCGAAUCCUCCACAUCUUCCGCUUCAGCAGCUGCUCGCGGCGCCAUCCUGCGCGACAUCCUCUUCGCGCCCGGAACCACGCCGACCGGGUCGGCCGCCCAGAAGCUCGAGCGCGCCCUGCUCGACGGCUCCGUCGGCCUCGAGCAGGGCCUCCGCGAAGCCGUGCGCACAACCAACACCGGCUCUGCUGCCAUCGCUGGCAGCGUCGUCACCAACGCUGCCGUCACGGCCAAGAUCGAAAAACACCGCAAGCGCCUGGCUGAGCUGCGCCGUGCCAAGGCCGCUCAUGAGGCCCAGAAGAUGAAGCGCCUUCGGCCGCCUGAGAUGCCCUACUUUCUCGAAGGCGACAGCCCGUGCGCCACCUGCAGCCGCACCACAAUUCCCCAGCAGAGCCCCUUUUGCAUCGUCUGCUUCCUCGAGGUCGACUACUGCCUGCGCGAAAAUCACACCGUCUGGUGCUCGCCCUCGUGCAUGGCAAAAACUUAUAUCAAGCACUUUGCCGCUGACCAUCCAUGUGCUGCCGGCGGUCGCUGCUGUCGCACCACUACCACCACUUCCUCGGCCUCGCGCCAGCAGCACUCCGGUCAUUACUUUUGCCGCGAGUGCGUCCUGUCCUUCAGCAUCAACACCUUUUACUGCACCGAGCUCUGUGCCGGCCGCGACUUUCAGCAUCACCGCGAGACGGUCCACCUGCCAAAGCGCGAGAUGCGAGCCGAUCUUUACGACGACCGCGCCGAUCUGUCCUACGGGCCUCAUGGCGGCAGCAAUGUCGUCGCCGCAGACGAUCGCACCAGCAGACCGUCCGACGAGUACACGGCUGCCAACAUCGCGAAGCACGUGCUCUCCAUGGACGAGGCCUUUGCCUCCUGCCAGAAGAAGCACCCUGACUGGCAGCUCGCUGAGACAAAGGUCGAGAUCGUCAUGGCCUCAUAA